UCUGCAGACAAACUCACCUGUGGAAUCUGGUCCAGCAAUACGCAACGGUCACUCGCAGCAUCAGUGUCGAAGACUGGGCGAGCAGCACAACAGAAGACCUACUGAAGAACUGAGCUCGAUUGGACACCAUGGCCUCCACCCUCUCUGUGCGCAGCUACUCGGUGCGUCAGCCCACCUUCUCCAGCAUGUCUUCGAGGGACAGCGGACGCAGCAUCCGCUCCAAGCCUCCCGUCUCCGCCGGCACUCUGUCUCUGUCCCGCUCCGUCUCAAUGGGAAACGGUCUCAACAUGCUGGGCUCCAGCCUCUCCUUCAAAGGCCUCGCAGUCAGCGAUAAGGAGACCAUGAUAGGCCUGAACGACCGGCUGGCCAUCUACCUGGAUAAGGUGCGCUCGCUGGAGAGGUCCAACGCUGAGCUGGAGAUGAAGAUCAAGCAGCUCAUGCUGGAGAGGGCUCCAAAAGGGCACGACAUAGACAAAAUGAUGGCCCAGGCACAUGCCAUCGGGCAGGAGGUGAGAAAGAAGACGCUGGAGAAUGCCCGUAUCAUGCUGGAGAUUGAUAAUGCCAGGCUGGCGGCCGAUGACUUCAGGGUCAAAUGGGAGGCGGAGGCCACCUUGUGCCAGUCUGUGGAGAGAGACUGUCAGGCUCUGAAGAGAGCAAAGUCUGACCACGACCAGAUCAUCGCCACUCUGCGAGGAGACCUGGACAGCCUGAAGGAGGAGCUCUUCUUCCUCAAGAAGAAUCACGACGAGGAGAUGAAUUCAGUGAAGUCUCGUCUGGCCAACGAGCAGGUGAGCGUGGCGGUGGACGCGCCUCAAGGCCCUGAUCUGGGGGCCAUCAUGGCCGAGCUCAGGGUCCAGUAUGAGGGCAUCGCUCGCAAGAACAAGGAUGAUGCCGAGGCCUGGUACCUCAGGAAGUUGGAAGCGGUGCAGUCGGAGGUCAAAGACAGCAACGAGGCUUUGCGUUGUGCCCAAAGUGAGCUCAGUGAGAGACGACGUUUCCUUCAGGCUCUGGAGGUCGAACUCGACAACAUUCGGAAGCAGGUGAGUGUGUUGGAAGGAAACCUGGGAGAAACGGGGCACAAGUACUCAGUGGAGAUGGACCGUCUUCAGACCACACUGACCCAGCUGGAGGACGAGCUGUCUCAGCUGCGUUUGGACAUGCAACGCAACAAGACCGACUACGAACAGCUGCUGCGCAUCAAACAGAACCUGGAGAUGGAGAUCGCCACCUACAGGAGGUUGCUGGAGGGGGAGGAAAUGGUGAAAGAAAUACCGCCACCUCCUAAAAAAGAACCUGACGUGAGGACCAGGAAGAUUGUAAAAGUCGUCACUCAGACAAUGAUCAACGGCAAGGUGGUGGAUGAGUCCAGUGAGGUGGAGCAGAUCGAGGAGCGCAAAAAAUGAUCCAAAGUGUGUGAAGAGAAGAAACAGAAAUGUCUCUUAGACCCAAAGUGGAUCAAAUCAAACCACAAACUUCUUGUUUCAUGUCUUCCUUUUUUUGUGUUUUAAUCCCUUAAGCUUGCCAAAAAUAGGUUGUAAAUGGAUUGAAAAUAAGUUCAACCUUAAAUCUAAAAGUUCUUUGCAGUAACAUAAUAUUUCUGUACAUAUGAAAUCACUAAAAUGUAAGAAGAAGCUCAUACUCGUCAUAAAAUGAUCCUCUGGAAUGUU